GUCCGCGCCGCGGCGAGGGGGGCAGUGGGGGAAGCCGUGGCGAGACUCAGUAAUGAGAACUUGGGCCCAAUUUUUUUCAAACCUGGAAGGGCCGAGUAUGUUCGUAUCCCUUCUGACCUUCCAGGCAAAAUCAAUGGCGAAGAGUCUAAUCUCGGAGAACUUUGCUUUAGUCCUCAUGCUGGGAUGGCAGAAGAUAAACCUGAUGCUAAGAGCCCCAAGGCCGGGGCAAGGCCCCAAGGUGGUGCUGAAACUGGGGAACCGACCACCCUUCUUCAGAGGCUCCGAGGUACCAUUUCCAAGGCCGUGCAGAACAAAGUAGAGGGAAUUCUGCAAGAAGUGCAGAAGUUCUCUGACAACGACAAGCUGUACCUCUACCUUCAGCUGCCUGCAGGACCCAGCGCUGGGGACAAAAGUUCAGAACCAAGUAUACUUAGCAAUGAGGAAUAUAUGUAUGCCUAUAGGUGGAUCCGCAACCACCUGGAAGAGCACAUGGACACCUGUCUGCCAAAGCAGAGCGUCUAUGAUGCCUAUCGAAAGUACUGUGAGAGUCUUGCCUGUUGCCGCCCACUCAGCACAGCCAACUUUGGUAAAAUCAUCAGAGAGAUCUUCCCAGACAUCAAGGCCCGAAGACUCGGUGGUCGGGGCCAAUCCAAAUAUUGCUACAGUGGCAUCCGAAGGAAGACCUUGGUAUCUAUGCCCCCAUUGCCUGGACUUGACUUAAAGGGCUCUGAAGGUCCAGAAAUGGGCCCAGAAGUAACCCCAGCACCUCGGGAUGAACUGGUCGAGGCAGCUUGUGCCCUGACUUGUGACUGGGCAGAGCGGAUCCUGAAACGAUCCUUCAGUUCCAUCGUUCAGGUCGCCCGUUACCUGCUGCAGCAGCAUCUCAUCUCUGCCCGAUCUGCACAUGCUCAUGUGCUUAAGGCCGGCGGGCUUGCUGAAGAGGAUGAAAGAGCCCCUCGAGAACGGUCGUCAUGCAAAUCCAAGAACGGUGUAGAGAACCAGGAAGGUGGAGGUCCUAAGAAGCCAGAGAGACCAGCCCAGCCUCCUAAGGAGCUAGAGGCCCGAGCUGGGACUGAAGCCCCAGGACGUGGAGAACGGAAGAAGAGUGUAAUUGACAGCUCAGCUCCAGCAGCCAGUAAGCCUCAAGUUAAUGCUCUGGUGGCCCGACUGCCUGUGCUCCUUCCCCGAGCACCACAAUCACCUAUCACACCCUUCCUGGCUUCUAAGCUUCCUUCAGGCACUCUCAAAGUAGCUACAUUGCCUCUGCCCACUGGAGUUGGGGGACCCCAGGCAGGUGUGCCCAUCAUUAACAUGAUCUUACCACCUGUUCCUGCUUUAUCAGGCACUGGGGCUGGACUUGGGCCUGGGCCUGGGCCUAGACCCGGACCCGGACCCGGGGCUGGGCCAGGGCCUGGGCUCGGAGCUGCGGCUGGGCUCGGAGCUGGGCCUGGGCUCGGAGCUGGGCCUGCGCCUGUGCCUGCGCCUGCGCCUGGACCUGGGGCUGGGGCUGGGCGAGUUCCACCUAGGGCACUCAUUCUGCCUCGAGGCACAGAGAACAGGGAGGGAGGCAUAAGUGGUGACCCACGACCCCAUGACAAGGGUGUCAAAAGGACAGCUGAAGUGCCUCUGAGCGAAGCCAGUGGACAGGACCCGCCAGUUAAAGAAAUGAAGCAAGAGACAGAGGACACAGUAAGUGAAGCGAAAAGGAAGCGGGGACGCCCACGGAAAAAGCCAGCUGGGAAUGGGGCGAGACACGCUGCUCCGGAGAAGCCUACACCUGCAGCUGCUGUGAACUCUCCCCGAACGCCAAGGUCACUCUGGGAGACAUGGGGCUCAAAGAGGGAAAACAACUUAGUUGAGAGACAAGAAAGACCAGGGCCAGUGGGUGGAGUUGAGAAGGAAGCAGUGUUUCCUCAAGGUCAGGAAGAUGGCACUGUGUCCAAAGGAGAAAGGAGCCUGAGUGCCCAGCCAGCCAAAGACGCAGAAGAUAAGGUUCCUCUCAUCACCUCAAAAGUGAGUGUUAUCAGGGGCAGAAUUCAAAAGGACGCUCUCCCGUUGAUAAAGGGAGAGGCUGACCCUGCAGCACAGGGUAACAAAGGAUUAAAGGGUCCUGUACUUCAAAGUUCCCUAACCCAUGAGCAUAAAGACCCCAAAGCAACACCCCCAUGACAGGUGUGUGGGGAAGAAUGGCUAUGUUCAUGCCUGCCUGGUAGAGACCCUUUUCAGCACCUGCUUCUCAUUCAGCUACUAGUCUUUCCCUAAAUGAGCCCAUUGGCCUGGCUUGUGUAGUGCCUGGUGGCUGCUUCAGACCUUUCCAGCUCAAUCCUUGACUUUAGCACAAGCAGUAAAUCUGUAAUGACCUUCCCACCUAGAUCCCUGUGCUCUCCUGGGGGCAAUAGAGAGAGGGUGAAUGUGAGUGUAGGGUAGAGAUGCUCUGGCUUCUAAUCAUAGAAAACUUAGAACUCAAGAUAAAAGCUAUUUAUUGACUUAUGAAAUUGGAAAGUCAAGAGGCGGUACUGGCUCCAGGUGAGGCUUGAUCUGGUUGCUCAGUAUGUUUCUCACUGCUUCACCUAAUGUAAAAUCAUUCUUAGUUCAGACCACUUAACUGCUGCCAGCAUUCCUAGGAUUGUGUUUGACCAUUAUAUCUAAGCAGGAAAAAAAAAGGGUAUUAUUGUGUCAGGAAUCCCAGCAAAAACCCAAAGAUUUACCAUGAUUAAACAAACCUGGGUCAGGUCUAUCCUUGACCAACUAGUGUGGCCAGGAAGAUGUUUAUGCUAAUGUGUUUAUUAUACAUCAUGGAGCAGCUUUGGAGAAAAGGGUGGAAUAGGCCUUCUCACACCACAGACUCCCCAGGUGGAGACGGGGUGGGGUGUGCUAGGCUGAGGUGAGCUGGACUGCUGCUUUUGCGAGUCUUGCAUUUCUCUCACCGUAACUCCUAUCUCAUUGUAGUCUGGGAAGGACAGAGAGGAAGCCAUUCUCUCCAGAGUCUCUUCCUUCUCACAUGACAGCGUUUCCACCUCUAUCUCACAGGCAGAGCUCCUGUAAUGGUCUGCAUUUUACUUUCUCAGUCCCACCUCCUCCCCACCAGUCUGGUGUUACGUUCUUGAGUACAUGUCUGCAUCCACCAGGUGUCAGUCUCUUGUCGUCCACGUGUCAGGUCCUAGCCAGGACUGUGUGGGGCUAUGCUAGGUUAACAGAGGAGGUGGUACCGAUUCUGCAAAUCAGGGAGCACCAACGGGAAGGACCCAGACACUGCAGAUGCAUCCUUGGGGACAGCAGGAAGCCAGCUCAUGUUAAUUGAGGACCUACUCUGUCUUCUCCACAGGAUAGCUUCUUGCCAGGGAAUCUUGGUUCUUUUCCCCAAGAAAUACAGAUUUUCUUUCAGGGAGAUAUCACUCAUCUGUCCAUUUAUUUCCACAAGAGCAGAUUUUUUAAAAUUAUAAUAAUAUUUGAUAUCUAUAAAGAAAUAUGUACUAUAAAUUAUGAAAUGAAAUGAGUACCUGUGACCCGUCAUUCAAUUUAUACAUUGAAACAUUAAACAUACUAUUAGGUUUAUGCCCCUCUUCCCUGCCUAUUCUUAGAGAUAACCACUGUCUUUAAUUUUAUUCUCAUUAAUCACUUGUUUAUGUAUAUUGGCAAUGUGUGUAUAUAUUCUUUAAGAAUGUAUUAUUUUGUUUUGCUUGUAUUUUAGCUUUACAAAAAGUUGUACUCUGUUAGUCCCUUGAAGUUUGCUCUUUUGCACUUAAAAUUGUUUCUAAGAUUCAUCUACAUUGUAAUCGCUAUGAUUCAUUCAUUUUCAUCUGUAUAACACCACAGCAAGGACAUAGAACGCAACUUAGCCAUUCACCUAUUGAAUAACAUUUGGGCUGUUUCCAGGUUCUUGUUAUUAUACACGAUGCUGCUAUGAACAUUCUUGUAUAUGAGUGCCUUUGUUUUUAGUAAGAUUUCUAAAGAGGUUUCUAAGAUGGUCCUAGAAGGUCCUUUUGGUCUGUGCGCCCUGUGCUGGGGACCGUCGCCUCUUGUCUUACUUUAUGGAAGAGUUUACAUCAUAUUGAAAUGAACUGUUCUUGAAUGUUUGAUAAAACUCACUUAUAAAGCCAUCUGAGCCUUACGUUUUUUUGUGGGAAUAAUUUUUUAUUUUGUUUUGUUUUGUUUCAUGCCAGGGUCCACUGUGUAUCCCUGCAGUCCUCACUGUGUGGCUCCAUCUGCCUCUGUCUCUAAAGUGUUGAAGUUAAAGGUGUGCACCACUGUGCCCAGCUCUUUGUAGACAUAAUUUUAACUAC